AUGACUAGUAACUGGGUCUUUUCUUACGCAGCAGGUUUCACAUACAAACUCAGUUACAAAUAUUAUCAAGUUACAGAAAGCAACGGAUUUCGAUUUUUUUAUAAAAUUGAUGCAAAUAACGAUAGCUACCUCGUUUCAACACCUAGUGGCGUUUGGAAUAUUGAUGACUUUGAAUUUCGAGUCCUUUACGAAAAUGUCAGAACCAAUGACUACAUCAACAUCAUUUAUGAUGUCACGAACAAAGGAACAAAAACUCACAAUUUAGGAGUCUCUUCAUAUGUUGGGAUUUAUAUUGAUGGGCAAUCCAAUCAAACUGUAAUUAAAGCUCUGAAAGGAAUUCGUGGAAUCGAAGGAUUCUACAAUGAUCAUUCCGUAAAAGUUAUUCUUCGAGGAACGAAAGAAGUUACCGAUGUAGAUACAAUUUAUUAUAGAAAAAUUGCAGAAUAUAGCGAUUUUGUAGAAGUAGAAAGGAAUAGAUGGAUUAACAGAAGUAGUUAUGAUGAAAAACCAGCUGGAAUAAAGUCAUGGAUCUCUUUUAGCUGGCAAAAUAGAAAUUUUAAACCUAAUGAAAAUAAAAGGUUUUCAUUUUUGAUUGGAAGAGGAAAAUACAUAAGUGAAUACCAUUAUUCAUUGAAAAAUAGAAUCUCGUGCCAUUUAAUAUUAAUAUUAGCAGAUCUAAUUGAAAUCAUUGAUACAUAA